UUGCAAGCUAUGUUGAGGUGUUGUACUAAAAUCCUUUUUUCCACAUGAAGGUCCACUAGCAUUUUUGGAUCUUCUCAUGGAAACUCUUUUUUCCCUAUGUAGGUCCAGAAGCAUUUUUAGAUCAUCUUGCCAACAAUCAUCAUGAUUGAGGAAAAAUCUUCUCACCCAGUCUCUGUUUUCAUGCGGCCAUUAGACUUACCUCCACCAUUGUUGGCAUUCUCUCUAACAACUCAGUCACUAUAUUUGAACAACUCAUCCUCCUAAUAAAGAAGACAUUUUUUUUCCAGAGCCGUGUUCUCUAAACCACUCACUCUAAGUAUACAACUCAUCUGUUCAAUAUGGGACCCAAGGGUUACGCUCUAUAUAAAGCCUAGGUAGCCAUGUUGUUGUCCCCAUAAAUAAUAUCUACCCAGAAAUAAAAGCAAAGAAAGGCAACAAAAUUACUCCCGCAUGGGCAUGGCAAAAUUUGCAGCUUUUAAGAAGGCAUACACAAUAGUUGUUAUUGUAUGCAUGUUGAUGGCUAAUUCUGAUGUUGAAGCAUCUCUAUCAUGCCCUGAGAUCACAACCUUGCUGGCUCCAUGCAUCCCCUACGCGAUCAUCGGAGGGGCCGUACCGACCGUUUGUUGUAAGGCUGUAACAACAUUGGAUGAUGCUUCCAACACCGUAGAAGAAGACAGAGCCGCAUGUAGUUGCAUCAUGAGUGGUCUUUCACUCAUCCCAGGAAUCAACUACGAUCUCGUUAGCACCCUUCCCGAGAAAUGCAACCAUACUUGUCCCUACACAAUUACAGCCACUACCGACUGUUCCAAGGUGCAGUAAGACCAAUAUUGUAUGCACUUAUAGCUUAGAGCAUUUUUCUAAUAAAAUAUGGAUGGAAAUAAAGCUCCAGGGAAGCUAGCUAGCGACCGUUUGUUCAAGCACAAUGCUGUUGUGUCUGUUUUUUUUUUUUUUUUUUAGUUAAGAAUUAAGAUAAUAUUAAAAUGGACAUAACUCAGACAUAUAUACUAUGUUGUUGUGUCUAAUAUUAUAAGGAAUAUAAUGUCAUAUUGUGUACGAAUUGCAGAGUUUGUGUCCAAUCUAUAUACUGAACUUGUUAUAUAUGAGCAGCACAACUUAAUUCUACAUCUGCAUUCUUUGUGCUUUCUGAUGAUAAGAUCAUCUUUGGAAUAAUUGACACUCAUGCCAACAUGAUUGACUCCUUGUCUCUGGAAAUCUUCAAUAAAAAGUGUGCAUGCACGAGAGAGAGAGAGAGAGAGGAGUCGUGGGAGCUGAAAGUCACGAACUUGUCUCUCUUCUUUUAAGUGAGAGAAGCUCUCACUUUCCUGUGUGUGGAAAAAGUCCCUCCUCCUAACUCUCUUUACCUUCGUUGCGAGUGCUCAAA